GUGAGAGACGUCGGUUGUCAUGUGCAGUCCUUCAGGCGGUCAGCUGACGCAUCCUUCUCGCUUGUUAUGUUUACUUUCUUUUGUGUAGCGCUUUAACCGGCGGUUGUUUCGACUUUUUCUGAAUGAAUGCAGCGCUAUGCUCGACCCAGGAGAGCCAUGGUCGUCGUGAACUCGGUGCUGAAGCUGCUGCAGCGGCAGACGUACACCUGUCUGUCCCACCGGUACGGACUCUACCUCUGCUUCGGGGGGCUCGUCCUCAUGAUCGUUUCCGCCUUUCAGUUUGGAGAGGUGGUGGUAGAGUGGAGCCGGGACCAGUAUCACGUGCUUUUUGACUCCUAUAGAGACAAUGUGGGUGGGAAAUCAUUCCAGAACAGACUCUGUCUGCCCAUGCCUAUUGACGUUGUGUACACAUGGGUAAACGGUACAGAUGUGGCUCUGCUGAAGGAACUGAAGGUGGUUAAAGAGCAGCUGGAGGAGGAACAAAAAGCUCUGAGGGAACAGUUGGGGAAAAAUGCAAGUGACACCACAGAAGCGCCAAAAGAUAGUGAUAAGUCUGAAUGCCUGCUGUCCCACUGCAUCGUAGCGCCCAUGUUGGCGCUGGAUCCAGCUCUGCCGGCCAACCUCACUCUAAAAGAGCUCCCGACGGUCUCUGCUUCCUUCUCCGCUGCUAAAGAGCUGCUGACCAUGAGCAAACCUUUCCACUCACCUGACAGAGUCUCCGUUGUCGUCUUUCAUUUGCAGGCUGAUGCCAAUAAAGCCUAUAAAGAACUUUCCAGGGAACUCCAGAAAUUUUCUGUUUCCAGAUGCUAUCUGACGACAGAUAAAGAGGCUCCGGGUCUAAUCCACAUGCAGUCUCUGGCCUACCUGAGCGGCUUCCCGUCAUCGAUCAAAGAUACGGAGCAGCUGCGAGUCAAACUGCCUUCAGCCAUAACUAGCAAGAUCAAACAGUUUGAGCUGUAUUCAGAGGCCAGCAUAGCCCUGCUUCACCUGAAAACCCAACAGGACUUCCCUGACCUGACCCAGCAGGCUAAAAAGAACCUGACUCUGGAUGGGAAAGAGCUGAGCAUCAGCCCUGCCUACCUGUUCUGGGAUCUCACAGCUAUCUCGCAGUCUAAACAGGAUGAAGAUGUAUCGGCAAGCCGAUUCGAAGACAACGAGGAGCUCCGCUAUUCGCUGCGUUCUGUGGAGAAACACGCCCCCUGGGUGCGACACAUCUUCAUCGUAACCAAUGGUCAGAUUCCUUCCUGGCUCAACCUGGAUAACCCCAGAGUUACCGUGGUGACGCAUCAGGAUAUUUUCUUGAACAACUCCCACCUGCCCACUUUCAGCUCCCCUGCCAUCGAGACCCACAUCCAUCGUAUCCCGGGACUUUCCCAGAAGUUUAUUUACCUCAAUGAUGAUGUGAUGUUUGGCAAAGACGUUUGGCCAGACGACUUCUACAGCCAUUCCAAAGGACAGAAGGUGUACCUGACUUGGCCAGUUCCUAACUGUGCCGAGGGCUGCCCAGGAUCCUGGAUCAAAGACGGAUACUGUGACAAGGCCUGCAACAACUCUGCGUGUGAUUGGGACGGAGGGGACUGUCUCGGCGCAGGAAACAACCGCUUUCCUGCAGGCGUCGGCGGGGCCGGCCCCGGAGGAGCUGGUGGACCGGUGUGGCAGCUCGGAGGUGGUCUUGGGGGAAUUGGGGGGACGUCAUACUGCAAUCAAGGCUGUGCCAAUUCGUGGCUGGCAGACAAGUUCUGUGAUCAGGCCUGCAACGUGCUCUCCUGUGGCUUCGAUGUCGGCGACUGUGGCCAAGAGCACUUUGGCGAGCUGCACCAUGUGACCCUGCUUAGAAACCAGAGCCUCUACACUCUCCCUCUAGGUGAGACCAGGCCUUAUUUCAGCUUUGAGAAGGUGGCUCGCAGAGUCUCCGAGGCCCACGUCAGGGACAACUCCGUGGUCCGACAUACUUCUGUCGCCAACAAGUGGAAAACCAUUCAUCUGCUGCUCUAUCCGGGACACAACGCCACCCAGGUGCAGUACAACAUCACCUUCCAGAGAGAGGAUGACACUCAGUUCACAAUGAGCUUCAGCUUUGCUGUCGACACACGUGAGGUUCCUCAGACUAAUGCUUCCCGGGGUGGGAGCAAAGAGGCAGAAGAAGAGUCCAAACUCACCCCGUCGCCUGAGCCAGUUAUCCCUUUCUUGGAUAUUCCCGAGGAAAAACGAGGGCCGAAGAUCCAGAAGAACCAACCUGCUGAAUCUCAGGUUCUCGUAGAGGUUCCUUUAGUAAAUGUAUCAGUUUUACCUCCUGUUGUGCAAAAUGAGCUGAAAAGGUUGGAGGAAAAACUUUUAAUAGGUGACAUUACAAUGAAGGGUUAUAAUCUCACCAAGGCUGAACUUCUAAAACCAUAUCGUUCUCCAUCUGAGAAGCAUCAGGACAUGAAUGUACAACCAGGAAAUGUCCAGGGGAGGGCCUAUAAAGACCUGGAGGAAGAUGGAGGUGCAGGUGGAAAUAAAAUGAAGAAAAAUCAAAACUCACAUGAGAAAAUGCAAAGGGAGCCUAUGAAAAAUACACCAACCCCUUCUCUCAUCCUGCCGCACAUUGACAACAAAAUAAAAAAUCUUUUAAAUCCUGAACAUCAUCUUCUCAAUCCUGUAAUUGAGAGGCCCGAGACGUCCAAACUUCACCACAACAUUUCCCAAAAAAGGAGUGAGGAGAUUCCUGCUAAGGCCCCUCUUGGAGUCGGGAGGAAGCUCCAGCACUUCACCUCCUCAGACCGAGGUUUUCUGCCUUGGGAGAGGAGAAAAUAUUUCCAGGCCUUGCUUGAGGAGGAGGAACGUCUUCAGAGAGAGUUUUCCUACAGGACUGAUGGUGCAGCAACAGGACGAAAGCUGCAGGACACCUUUGCAGAGUCGUUGCGCUACGUCAACAAGCUGCUCAACGGCCAGUUUGGCUUCACAUCGCGAAAAGUGCCCGCACACAUGCCACACAUGAUCGACCGUCUCGUCAUGCAGGAGCUCCAGGACACAUUUCCGGAAGAGUUUGACAAAACCUCGGGCCACCGCGUUCGGCACUUUGAGGACAUGCAGUUCGCCUUUUCCUACUUUUACUUCCUGAUGAGCGCUCAGCAGCAGCUCAACGUCUCAGAAGUGUUCGACGAGGUCGACACGGACCACUCGGGCGUUUUGUCGGACCGAGAGAUCCGAACUCUUGCCACCAGGAUCCAUGAACUUCCCCUCAGUCUCCAGGAUCUGACAGGUUUAGAGCAAAUGCUGAUAAACUGCUCCAAAACACUCCCAACUAACCUGACCCAUCUCCACCUGGUGAGCCCCACUCAGGAAGCCUAUUAUGAUCCCAACAUGGUUCCUGUCACAAAAGGCCUGGUCCUUCACUGCAAGCCCAUCACAGAGAAGAUUCAUAAAGCCUUUAGAGAUCAGAACAAAUACAAGUUUGAGAUAAUGGGAGAGGAGGAGAUCGCUUUCAAGAUGGUACGGACCAACGUGUCCCAUGUGGUCGGCCAGUUGGACGACAUCAGGAAGAAUCCCAGGAAGUUCAUCUGUCUGAAUGACAACAUUGACCACAGCCACAAGGACGCUCCCACUGUGAAAGCUGUGUUGAGGGACUUCUAUGAAUCCAUGUUCCCACUGCCUUCCCAGUUUGAGCUUCCCAGAGAGUACCGCAACAGGUUCCUGCAUGUGGAAGAGCUCCAGGACUGGCGGGUGUACCGGGACAAGCUGAAGUUCUGGACCCACUGUGUCCUUGUGACUCUGGUCGUCUUCACCGUUAUGUCCUUCUUCGCUGAGCAGCUCAUUCUGCUGAAGCGAAAGCUGUUCCCCAGACGCAGAGUUAACAGGGACAGCAACCCACAGCGAGUGUGAAAGAGGAAGAAAUGUCUUCUCAUUCUCUCUGGAAGUCGUCCUCCAUUCCUUCUCUCCUCCUCCACAGAGAGACCAGGAAUGGGUCCAGACAAGGUGACUGGGUGGAUGCAACAAUCUGGACUGCAGGGUGCAGAGUUUUGGAGACUGGAAUGAUAGAUGUGGAAGGCAGCAGGAAGAUGCUAUAGCCAGACUUAAAAAAAAAAGGGAAAAACGUGGUGUAAAUUGAAUUUUCCUUCACUGGGGGCAUUUAAGACAAACACUCCUCACAUCAGAUCCUGCCAUCACAUUGACUGUUAAAUUAUGAAACCCUUCUUUGCAGCAGGUUGUAUUAUGAGAUUCUGAAAGUGCACCAGUAUUUUAUAACGGUACAAAUUUCUAAAAUGUUUUUUUUUUUUUUAAGUAAAUGUGUUUUUGUGUUUAAGAGACAUCUAAAGAUGUCAGGUUUGCUGCUGGGAAAAUUGAGCGGAAAGAAAAGUAUUGCUUUUACAGCCUUGGAUUUUUUAGUUUUAAAGAUGUAAAGAUUUUGGUAAAAGUAUUUGAGUUGUGGCUAUUUCAUCUUUGCCGUCUUGAAAAACAUGAUAACAUGAAGUGCCUUCGUUGUUUAUUCCUGUUAGAUUUGAACAUUUUCUUCUAAGCAUCAGAUGCAGCCCACCCUGACCUCCUGGUUUACAGAAACAACGAGCCAGAUGCUGACUGAUGUCAUUACUGUAUGUGAUCGUUGGAGCUGUGUAGUGUGUGAUUUUUCUGCAGCUUUCACAGGCUCCUGCAGGUGUGUCCCUGUGGGACUCGGCAGGCUCGCUGCUGUCUGACAUUCAGACCCCCUCAGCAUGUUUUCUAACUUAUUUUCACUGUGUUAUUGUGACAGUGACUGAUGCAUCUGUUCCAAAUGCCAGAUUGAUAAUGUUGUCUUAUAAAUCGCGCACCAUCUGUUCAAACUUUCUGAUUGUCCAUUUUAACGAUGUUCUGGAUUACAGUGAAAGAAAUGUGAGGGACUAACAGAACCCCGACAUGCAGGUGGUCUCACGUUUUCUUUCUAAGAUGGUGAGCUGGCCUGAUCCUCCUGCAGCAGGGCAUCCUCAAACCAUGACACUUCCACCUCCAUGCUUCACAGAGGGUUUGAGGUAAUGGUUGAAUCUGGAAUGUUGUCUUUGGUUUAUAACAAAUGUGUCCAAAAAUUCAAAUUUAAGACUCCUCUGACCAAAGAUUAUUUUUCCAGAAGUCCUGGAAGGCUGAAUGUUGUCUCAUCAUAGUCUCAUAAAUUGUUCGACAUCAGUUCAAACUGUUUUGUACUACAGUGACAGAAAUGUGAGCGACUCAUAGACGUCGGGAAGUCCAGUAUUCCAAGAUGCUGAAGAACUUACUUGGGAAAAGGACUCCUCACAUUCAGUCAGUGGUUUGUCAAAUUUAAAUACAUUUUUAUUGGGUUAGUCAUCCUGAUGUUUCUGGGGCAUUUUUUAUGUUAUGUUGAAGGAACAACCUGCCUUUAUCUAAUCAUUUCUGCUUCUUGAUGUAUUUGAAAUAGGAUAUUUUUCUAAAAUUUGAUUUGUAUGACAAACAAAUUCUUUCUUAGGGUAAAAAGAAAAGCCGAAUUUAAUCAGCAUCCACAUUCGGACAUCAUCAGCAUAAAUCUCAUUUUAAUUUUGGGGUAUUUUAUUAUGGAUUUGAACAGUUCUUUUUAUGGGGUGAAACCUUUAUACCUAUUUGAAUUUCUUGUGGAACUUAUUUAUACAGGCUCAAAUAUAAACACAUGCUAAUACCAUUAAUAUUUGGUUAAAUUACCAAAUUGCACAGAAAAGACAGUUUUGCAGUCAUCAGCAAGUUUUGCAGAAUAAUUCUGGCUAAGGUUUUCCAGCACUUGCCUGUCUUUUAAGCAUUAUCCAUAACAUUUCCAAUACAGUUGAUUCCAGAAGCUUCAGGUUGUCCUGUUGGAACCCCCACUUGUGUUUUAGUUUCCACCACCUAGCUGUUGAUCUGAGGUGUUAAAACUCUCAUUGUAGAUUAAAGAAACUAAAGAAAAAAUUUUUUAUAUUGUACCUUGUAUCAUAUGAGUGGUUUAAAUGCAUCAUUAACUUCUCAGUACCUCAAUGAGCAGUUAAUGUGCUUGAAUUAAUUAUGUGGCGUUACCCAUGGUUAGCUCUAAAUAAAAAGCCUGCAGACAUCAUUGGUUUGCAGAAAAAUGGCCACACACAAAGGAAAAGGCUGCUAGAAAAUUCACCUAAGAGAACAGUUGACAGAGGAUCUAGGUGUUCAGUGUUAGAGGGUCAGUUGCAGUCUGCAAGACAUCCUCAAAUGUACAGAAUGUUGUUGCCACCAGGGCAGAGCUUGCUUAGUGAAGACUUUUGAGCAAGAAGGGCAGCAAAGAAACACUCUCCUGUUACAAGAAAACAUCCUGAAAUGCUCCAAAAAGGAAAGCAGAACAAUUGUAAAGUGUUGUUGUUCCUGACCAUUCCUCAGUCCAGUUGUUUGGCUUUUUUGGAAAAUCAUUUGUGUACUGCCAAUAAAACCGAAACAAUCCA